AUGCCCACGCUUCGGGUUGUGCUCGCUCGGAUCAAUGCUGGCACAAAGUGGAUCGUUUCAGGGGCUGUCUUGGGGGUGCUUCUGUGGCGCCGCCACGAUGCCACCUGCUGGGCACUGCUGGGGUCGGUGCUGGCGGCCGCAAACUGCAAGUUGUGGAAGAUCCUACUGAAGCAGUCUCGGCCGGCAGGGGCGCCGAAGUUGGACCCUGGCAUGCCGUCAUCGCAUGCGCAAAGCCUGGGCUUUCUUUCUUCCUAUGCCGCCUUGGACCUCAUUCUUCCCUUCGACGACUCCGGAGUGCGAUUAUGGCAACCAGGCGUCUCCCGAAGCUUAGCCGCAGCUGGGAUUCUGGGCAGUGCGAUGGGCUUCACUUGGCUCCGGGUUACGCUGGGAUUCCACACCUCUGCACAGGUGACCGUUGGUUUCGGACUGGGGGUUGCAAGCGCUGCCCUCUGGCAGCUGCUCUACGGUUCUGUGUAUCUUCCAGCCUUGGCAGCCGAUGCGACUGGGAGACUUCGGCUGGGCCUAUACGCUGCGACAGCUUUUGCCGCCACUGUGUUUGCCAUCAAGGUGCUGCGAGACCGACACUCUGAAAAGGAGCCGUGA